AUGGGCAAAAGUAAAGGCGAACCGAAAGAGCACCACCUCGAAAUAGGAAAAGCACACCACUGUCAGAACUGCAAACAGCAAGGCCCCGGACAUGGGCCUGCACGAGUCAGGGGUCCUAGGGCGCCUCCUCCACCCUCUCAUCGCCAACGCGACCAUCACAUCCUUAGUGACAUCCAGAACUCUGGACAAUUUAAACCAAAAACUGAUCGGCACGGUCACGUGGACUCCCCGGGUUGGCGACAUGACAGAAAUAGGGAAAAGGAG